UAACAGCCAGUCUCUGAGAAACCUCCCGAACACAAAUCUGGCUGUAAUCGACAAGUAAUCAUGGCCGAUCGAUACUCUUUCUCUCUCACGACCUUCUCCCCCAGUGGCAAGCUGGUGCAGAUUGAGUAUGCCCUGAACGCCGUCAACCAAGGUGUGACGGCACUCGGCAUCAAGGCUACCAAUGGCAUAGUCCUCGCCACCGAGAAGAAGUCCUCCUCACCCCUCGCCGACCCCUCGUCCUUGUCCAAGAUCAGCCUCAUCACCCCCAACAUUGGCAUGGUCUACUCCGGCAUGGGUCCCGACUACAGAGUCCUGGUCAACAAGGCACGGAAGGUUUCGCACACCGAAUACAAGCGCAUCUACAACGAGUAUCCACCCACAAGGAUAUUGGUGCAGGACGUCGCCAGGGUCGUGCAGGAGGCAACGCAGUCUGGAGGCGUGCGGCCGUAUGGUGUCAGCUUGCUGAUCGCAGGCUGGGACGAGGGUGUCCUGCCAGAGGAGGAGGUCGAGAAGGCUGCCAAGUCUGUGGAGGGGGAGGGUGGCGUGAAAAAGCUUUCGGGCAAGACGGGCGGUAUCCUGAAGGGCGGCCCUAUGCUGUACCAGGUUGACCCCUCGGGCAGCUAUUUCCCAUGGAAGGCCACGGCCAUCGGAAAGAGUGCCACGUCGGCCAAGACAUUCCUGGAGAAGCGGUAUACAGAGGGUCUGGAGCUGGAGGAUGCAGUACACAUCGCACUGUUGACGCUGAAGGAGACGAUCGAGGGCGAGAUGAAUGGCGAGACCAUCGAGAUUGGCAUUGUUGGACCUCCAGCAGACCAUCUUCUCGGCGUGGAGGGAGUCGAGGGUGCCAAGGGCCCGCGUUUCCGAAAACUGAGUCCCCAGGAGAUUGAGGAUUAUCUUACGAACCUAUGAUUUAAUAAUCACCGGUGAUCCACGGCUGUACCAUAGAGCAGAUGCAUAGAAGGCAACGGACGGAUAACUUGAUGUCAUGAAAUU